AUGGUCUCCACUCGGCGAAGUACUGCAACUGCACAGUCGACACAUGCUGCCACCAAGCCCCCAGACUUGACCAGGCCUUCGAGCGAUACUAUCCAUGUUUACGUUCCUAGUAACCGUAAGGCGAAUGAGAUGCCGAUGACGCCGAAGACUUCCAGUACUCCCGGUAAGGAGCCCUCUGGCAACAUUAGUGAGCAUGUCCUCAGCUUGACAUCUCCUUCCACCGGCAAUGUUCCGGAAGAGAUCCCAUCGAGCAAGUCCCUAAUCCCAAGCGAACCACCCGGUCUUUCUGAGAAAGCUAUCUCAUACUCUCCGCCCAAGCUUGCUCCGAAGCCAUUAGUGAAUAUGAGUGGUAGCUGUCACAAUCCCAUCAUCGUCGAAGAGACCUUAUCCCCGCCCCGUCCCAUAGUACGAGCACCGAAACGAAAACAUCGCCAUGGCGGUAAGAAGAUUCCAGAGCCCCAUCAGUUCAUGGGCAAAGGGUACAAAGAUUUGUACAACUAUGGCGUUGCAAGGCUUGAUAUAACGGCGAUGCCUGCCCACGGGAGCACAUUUACUGGCCACAAAAAUCAUGAUAUCUAUCGAAUGAUGCAUGCGAAGAUAUCGGCAGCUCCAGACUUCCGUCCCAAUGCGGCGCGGGCUCAUCAUACCCCCAACGCGUCUUCCGAGUCACAGCAUCUUCGACCCGCGCAUAUCCUUACGCAACAGCAUGAUCAGUCAAAGUACCAAUCCCCAUAUACUCAGCCUUAUGUGUAUCCAACUCCGAUGAUUUGUUAUCCUGCGACUCCUCUCCAGAGCGAGAAUAUGCUCCGCGAUAAGGCAGCGCAAUAUGUUCGAGAGUUUUCGGGAGCGUCGAAGCACAAGAGGAUGUUAUCUGAUGUCGGAUCUGUCAGAAUUAGUGACCAAGAAGGUGAGCAGAGGAUGAUCAAUGAUCAGCAUAGCAAGCCACUUCUACAAUACAGUAUCAUACCCCCAUCUACACCUCAAAUCAGCGCUCACAGGUCAAUCCACCAAACCGUACACCGCGGUAUCAACAUCCACCAUCUCGCCGAAAACACCUCACUCAUAACAUCCCUCCUCCAAACCUAUCCAAGUUCAUCCAACCAAGGAGGACUAAGAGAAGAUAUCUCAAUAUUAGCCUCACUACAACACCAGCAUAUAACCGAAUGGCUAAAAGCAGAGUCCCAACACUCGCCCAAGCGCAGAAAGAACAACACCGACGCCAGCGCAUUCACUCCAGACAACCGCAAAAGAAAAACCACAACACUGGAAACGAGGGUCGCGAACAAGGAAGACACAGCGCUACGCCGCGUCUUCUCCGCUGGCGCAGAUAUGUGGCAAGAUGGCACUGGCCAUGGUGUCGCUGACGUUUUCGCCGCUGCGCCCACACCGCCGGUUGCGCGUCCUACACAGUACAGUCGACGUGCCGAUAAUGUUUUCGCCAAAUCGGAAGGCGCAAAGCAUACCUCGCGUUCUGGAUCUGGCUCGACGAGUCCUAACAAUACCGCACCUACGACACCGAAACGCAAAGGUACUGCGAAAAGGAGCAAGAUCUCGUCAUUGAGGAGCCCGGGCAGGGAUGCUACUACGCCUUCUUCAGUGGCUAAGGGUGCACCACGCAAGAAGCUGUUAUUGCGUUUGAGGAAGUGUGUUCCACACAAAGGGGAAGAGGAAAACGGUGACGGAGACUCUAUAUCGAGUGGCUUAUCCUCUGCAUCUUCUCCCUCAGCAAAUUCUCGUUGA